ACCACCAGCGCCACCGCUUCUUCUUCUUUCGAUUCUUCUUCUUCUUGCGGCGACGCGGAGAAGCAGAGGAAAGCCGCCACGGGGGAGAGGGGAAUGGCGGCGGACGUGAGCUCUGUGGCGAGGCUGCUGCGAUGGGAGGCCGGGAGGAGGGGCGGGGCGGCGGGGGAGGUCGUGACGAUGGAUCUGCUCGGCGGGUGCGGCGGCGACAGCCGCGGCGGCGUCGUCGGCGGCGGCGGAGGGGAGGACGACGUGGUCGACCUCGAGGUGAAGGUUCCCGCCGGGUGGGAGAGGCGGCUUGAUCUCAUGUCAGGGAAGACGUUCUUGACUCCUCGGCUCCAGGGCGUCCAUGUCGGCCACCAAGACCUCAACCUGCCUCCGCCGCCGUCCUCCGCCGCCGCGGCCGCGUCGACGUCGGCCGCGGUCUGCACGCUCGACAUGGUCCGCUCCGCGCUCGAGCGCGCCACGGCCGGGAGGUCGGCCGCCGCCGCCGCCGCGCGUGGCUCCCCGGCCACGUCGUCGUCGUCGUCGGCGUCCACCUCCUCGUCCUCCUCCUCCAUCGGCAAGCGCCACCGCUCGCCGCCCUCAGGCGGUGCCGUCGCGACGCCCGCGAGCCCGUCCAUGCGUGCGGCCGCCUGCCCGUCCUGCCUCACCUACGUGCUCAUCGCCGAGGCGGACCCCCGGUGCCCGCGUUGCGCCGGCAACGUCCCGCCGCUCGCCGGGAAGCCCCGGGAAGCCUCCGCCGGCGCCGGCGACGGCAGCGGGAAGAAGCCCAAGAUUGACCUGAAUGCGGCGGCCGACGACACCGAGUGAUCAGAGAAAAAUAUUUGGAAAAGAAAAAAAAUUGGAAACGAAUUUUUUUUCAAUUAAUUUCUUUUUCUUUUUUUAGUGAUACAGAAACAUUCUGAUAAGUUUUACUUAUUGAGAUGGAUCAGUCGUGUAGGUCUAUAUAUAUACCUCCUGAAAAAAAAAUUAAAUAGAUAUUAUGAUCGUAGGAUCGGAUCAAACCUGCAGCUGGGCAAAUAUAUAGAAGCCCAACCUUUGUUAAUCUCUUUGUUCCUUAUUUGUUGGUUUUUCUUCAAUUUGUAGCUGUACAAACUAAUUAGUUGAAACAUGUCUUUUGUCAAUUUUAUUGCUUGUUUAUUUGUUUCUUUUGACGUACAAAUCAAAUCUGAUAUUACUAAGAGAAAA